GACACUACAGAAAAAGAAGCAAAAAUGCGUCCGGUGCGAAUUUUUGUGAAUGAUGACCGCCAUGUGAUGGCUAAACAUUCUUCCGUUUAUCCAACCCAAGAGGAACUAGAGGCUGUUCAGAACAUGGUGUCCCACACUGAGCGGGCUCUCAAAGCUGUGUCAGACUGGAUAGACGAGCAGGAGAAAGGGAGCAGCGAGAAUGCCGAGUCUGAGAACAUGGAUGUGCCCCCAGAGGAUGAGACCAAAGAAGGGGCUGGGGAACAGAAGACAGAGCACAUGACCAGGACCCUGCGGGGUGUGAUGCGUGUUGGCCUGGUGGCAAAGGGUCUUCUGCUCAAGGGGGACUUGGAUCUGGAGCUGGUGCUGUUAUGUAAGGAGAAGCCGACCACUGCCCUCCUGGACAAGGUGGCUGACAACCUGGCCAUCCAGCUUGCUGCUGUUACAGAAGACAAGUAUGAAAUACUCCAAUCUGUCGAUGAUGCUGCGAUUGUGAUUAAAAAUACGAAAGAGCCUCCAUUGUCCCUGACCAUCCACCUUACAUCCCCUGUUGUCAGAGAAGAAAUGGAGAAAGUAUUAGCUGGAGAAACGCUAUCAGUCAACGAUCCCCCGGACGUUCUGGACAGGCAGAAAUGCCUUGCUGCCUUGGCGUCCCUCCGACACGCCAAGUGGUUCCAGGCCAGAGCCAAUGGGCUGAAGUCCUGUGUCAUUGUCAUCCGGGUUCUGAGAGACCUGUGUACACGUGUGCCCACCUGGGGUCCCCUCAGAGGAUGGCCUCUGGAGCUUCUCUGUGAGAAAUCCAUCGGCACAGCCAACAGACCCAUGGGUGCCGGCGAGGCCCUCCGAAGAGUGCUGGAGUGCCUGGCGUCCGGAAUCGUGAUGCCAGAUGGUUCUGGCAUUUAUGACCCUUGUGAAAAAGAAGCCACUGAUGCUAUUGGGCAUCUAGACAGACAGCAACGGGAAGAUAUCACACAGAGUGCGCAGCAUGCGUUGCGACUCGCUGCUUUUGGCCAGCUCCAUAAAGUCCUGGGUAUGGACCCUCUGCCUUCUAAGAUGCCCAAGAAACCAAAGAAUGAAAACCCAGUGGACUAUACUGUUCAAAUCCCCCCUAGUACCACUUACGCCAUUACACCCAUGAAACGCCCAAUGGAGGAGGAUGGGGAGGAAAAGUCUCCCAGUAAGAAGAAGAAGAAGAUUCAGAAAAAAGAGGAGAAGGCGGAGCCUCCCCAAGCUAUGAAUGCUUUGAUGAGGUUGAACCAGCUGAAACCUGGGCUGCAGUACAAACUGGUUUCCCAGACUGGGCCAGUCCAUGCCCCCAUCUUCACGAUGUCUGUUGAGGUAGAUGGGAAUUCAUUUGAGGCCUCGGGGCCAUCCAAAAAGACUGCCAAGCUGCACGUGGCUGUUAAGGUGUUACAGGACAUGGGCUUGCCGACAGGUGCUGAAGGCAGGGACUCCAGCAAGGGGGAGGAUUCCGCUGAGGAAACGGAGGCGAAGCCUGCAGUAGUGGCCCCUCCCCCUGUGGUGGAAGCUGUCUCCACCCCUAGCGCUGCCUUCCCCUCAGAUUCCACCACUGAGAACGUAAAACAGCAGGGGCCGAUCCUGACCAAGCAUGGCAAGAACCCAGUCAUGGAACUGAAUGAAAAGAGGCGCGGACUCAAGUACGAACUCAUCUCGGAGACGGGGGGCAGCCAUGACAAGCGCUUCGUCAUGGAGGUUGAAGUGGAUGGGCAGAAGUUCCAAGGUGCUGGAUCAAAUAAAAAGGUGGCAAAGGCAUAUGCUGCCCUCGCUGCACUAGAAAAGCUGUUCCCUGAUGCCCCUCUUGCCCUUGAUGCAAACAAAAAGAAGAGAGCCCCAGUACCUGUCCGAGGGGGCCCUAAAUUUGCUGCUAAGCCACAUAACCCUGGGUUUGGAAUGGGAGGCCCCAUGCACAAUGAAGUGCCCCCACCCCCAAACCUUCGUGGUCGGGGAAGAGGAGGGAACAUCCGUGGACGAGGGCGAGGCAGAGGAUUCGGCGGUGCCAACCAUGGAGGCUACAUGAAUGCUGGUGCUGGGUAUGGGAGCUACGGGUACGGAGGCAACUUGGCAACAGCAGGCUACAGUCAAUUCUACAGCAACGGAGGGCAUUCUGGGAAUGCCGGUGGUGGCGGCGGCGGGGGCGGUGGUGGCUCCUCUGGCUACGGUUCCUACUACCAAGGUGACAACUACAACUCACCGGUGCCCCCAAAACACGCAGGAAAGAAGCAGCCACAUGGAGGCCAGCAGAAGCCAUCUUACGGCUCUGGCUACCAGUCCCAUCAAGGCCAACAGCAGUCCUACAACCAGAGCCAGUACAGCAACUACGGUCCCCCCCAGGGGAAGCAGAAAGGCUACAAUCAUGGACAAGGCAACUACUCCUCCUACUCCAACUCCUACAGCUCCCCCGGGGGCGGAUCAGACUACAACUACGAGAGCAAAUUCAACUACAGUGGUAGUGGAGGCCGAAGCGGCGGGAACAGCUACGGCUCAGGCGGGUCGUCCUACAACCCAGGGUCACACGGGGGCUACGGCGGAGGUUCUGGGGGCGGCUCCUCAUACCAAGGCAAACAAGGAGGCUACUCAUCACAGUCGAACUACAACUCCCCCGGGUCCGGCCAGAACUACAGCGGCCCUCCCAGCUCCUACCAGUCCUCACAGGGUGGCUACGGUAGAAACACAGACCACAGCAUGAACUACCAGUACAGAUAA